AUGGACCAUACGACGAUUGUGCGUUUCGAUCCCGUGUACUAUUUCCAUUUCAAGUGCAAUCUCGACUCGAUCCGUGGCGGCGCGUUCCCCAACCUACACCGCUGGCUCCGCGAGAUGUACUGGAAGAAUGCUGCCUUCCAAGACACGACCGACUUUACGUCGAUCAAGGACCACUCCUUUGCGAGUCAUCUCAAGGUGAACCCCACCGGUAUUGUGCCUGCCGGCCCUGAGCCGCCCAUUAAGCCGCUCGACAGCUAG